GUCCUUAACUUAAUUAAUGGAUUAGUAGAUAAUAAAGAAUGCUUUCAUGUAUGAAUAUUGCGAUUCCUUCUCUGUUACAUUAUGGUGAUAAUCAAGGAUUAGAAUUUAACGUUCCACUAACCAUUCUAAACUCAUUGAAAUGUUGCAAAGUAAUGUGCUUGAAAUAUUCUUCACUGUAUAACGUGUUGUGCAACAUGGCACCAAUCACAAUUCAUGAUUUUGUGAUCUAAACUAACAAUUUUCAAGGUGGCAAAUUGCCAUCAUUUGUAAACAAUUGUCAUCCUGAUUAGCCCUGAUUUGUGUGAAAACGUUGUGACGAAAAAUUAUCCUUAUAAAGAUCGGUCAUGUUUUAUAAUUAUCAACUGUGAAUUCAAUUCUUCUCAAAAUGGCAGAAAAUCUUUCAAAACGGCCUCCCAAAGGAAUUUUAAAAACAUCCAGCAGCUUUGAUAAUCCGGAUAUACCUAGACCAAGUAAAGAGAUGACAUGGGAUGAAAUGAAUAUAAUAGCAACAUUACAUCCACCAGAAAAAGAUUAUGGUCAUAUGAAGAUCGAUGAACCAAAAACCCCAUACAACUAUGAAGGCCUCCACACUGAAUUUGAAUUUGAUCAAUUAGAUUCGACUGCUGUUGCUGCCAAGUUAGCAGGAAGCAGUAAACCAAAAAUUUUUGAAGAAUCAAGUGAUGAUGAAGAAGAAAAAGAGACACCAGAGGAAAGAGAAAAACGAAAAGCAUUUGAAGCGAAGAGAAAACGCCAUUAUCGAGAGUGGCAAGUAGUUCAGAUGGCACGAAAGCAAUUACUUGAACAAGAUGAAGAAGAUGAAGAUGAAAAUGACACAAAAGAUGAAGCAAAUGAAGAGGAUAUAGAAAAAGAUGAAGAUAAUAGUUCUUUUACUUCUCAAGAACAAAUUAACUUCGAUGUCAGAUUCAAGUGCAUGCCGUCCUGUGAUAAAACAGAGCAGAAGUGAUAUGACUAAGGACAUUGAUAAACAAUAUUAUGGAUUACUAAAAUUUAGAGUUCUUUUAUUUAACAUUUUCAGUUCACGGUAAAUCUUCAAUGUUGUCUGACAGGUAAUAGACGAAUUACUUUAAUAAGAAUGUCCAUAUU